AUGUCUGAUCCUUCAUCAAAGCCACCAUCCAUUCCCUCAUGGCAGCAGCAGUCAGGGUCUGCUCCGACCGACCAGUCCCCAUCGUCAUCGCCGAGCUCCGACGAUGCGCCUGCAUCCGCCUCACGACAAGACCUCCUUGACCAAGCGUCCAAGUUCUUAGAAGAUGAAUCGAUUCGUGAUGCGUCGACAGAUCGCAAGGUCUCCUUCCUCGAGUCAAAAGGCUUGACCUCAGACGAGAUCCAACAACUCCUCGGCGUCUCCCGAAAUCCGGAGGCGAGCAGCGCCGAAUCAACCGCGGCCGAACCCAAGGUGCAAGAAACAUCUUCAUCCCCUUCACCUUCGGAUCAGUCUGAAGUGACUCCUUCUUCUCCUGUCACUGCGUCUACUUCAUCCUCUUCCUCCACCAUGUCGCAGCCACGCUCGACCCCCGCCACCUCCACAACCUCCUCCACUGCAGCACGCGACGUGCCCCCAAUCAUCACCUACCCCGAGUUUCUCUUCCAACCAGCCAAGCCACCCCCAUUGGUGACAAUGAGCCGGAUUCUAUACACAAUCUAUGGUGCCGCAGGUCUCGGUGCCAGUAUCUACGGCGCAAGCGAAUACCUCGUCAAACCAAUGCUGGCAAAUCUCACCAGCGCACGCCUCGAUCUCGCCAAUACCGCAAAGGAGAACCUGCAAAAGCUAAACGAGAAGCUCGAACAGAACGUAUCCGUCAUCCCCGCACAUCUUCUCACCGCGCGCAAGAAGGGCACCGAGGAUGGAGACGAGGACUCGAGCGACAACGAUUCCAUCAUCUCAGACCCCACAGAGCUCUUCCACCGAGACAUCGGUACCCAAACUACCCCCGACGUCUCGACAACCUCGCGAUCUUCAUCUUCAAAGGAUCCGGCAGAGACGGCUGCGGAUGCACCCACCAUCGCAGUUAACAAACACCUAACCCGCCUUGAAUCCAUUCAAUCCUCCUUGAAAGAAGUCACCGAGUUUGAGAAGGAUUCUAGUAACCUGGAUGACUCGAUGCGCACUCGUCUGACAGACCUCCACCACUACCUAGAUGGACUGAUAUACGCUGCGCCCAGUUACACUGCGACAGCAGGUUACGGUGGUUUGUACUCUGGAACCACCACAACAGGAUCAGAUAGCAGCUCCUCCGGUGUGCGCAAGUCCGAGGAGGACGCUAUCACAGCCUUCAAGGCGGAGAUUCGGGGCGUGAAAGGUGCGCUGCUGAGCGCUAGGAAUUUCCCGGCCAGUCGGGGCGGUAGACUCCCCGGUGGUAUGGCUGGGAGGUGA